GUCUACUCUGGUUUCCAAGCAACCAGUAGAAGACGGCGACACUCGGAUUUACGGCAUCCAGUCAACCAAUCAGAAUGGGCGAUGGUAGAGCGUCCUGUUCAGCCAUGUUGUGGUUUUGAAUGAGGAAGAAGCGGGAGAUAAUAUUCUACAACGAGUUUAUAUGGUUUUUAAAGUCACGUUAGGGAUAUAGAAAUGAGUUAGGCUGGGACCCAAAAUGAUAACCGUUUCCCCGAACGCGUUGGUUGCGGCUUGUCGCCUUCCUGCUGGAAUCUAAACACACUUCCAUAGAUUAGCCGCGCCGUAGCAACGUUAGCUAGCGAGGCGGUUAGCAUAGUGUGCUAGCUAGGAAACUAGCUAAUUCCCAACUGAUUGGCUAACGGUUAGCUCGUUUCCUGGGGAUUCGUGAAAUGAUAAUGUUGAGGAGUGUUAGUGUUUGAACCUACCUUCACCGGAUGAAGCGCUUUGGCUUCGUUAGGUUUGACUGUACUGUCAGGUAGACUUGAAGGAGCUAACGCGAUUUAUCUUCACACCAGCGGCGUUAUCUCUGAAACUUUUGAGCCAUGUUGAAUAAAAUCUACGAAUGGAUAGAAACCAGCUUUGCCAAUCUUCGCAAUGGUGAGCCAGCUGUGGAGGACUCAGGUGAGCCCCGGACACCGGCAGAGGUCCCACUACGGAGGAAAAGACCAAUUGAAUGUUUGGAAGACGACCAUAACAUCGAACAAGAUGGCUCAGUCAUAAAGAAAUCACGAAUGGGAGAUCUUAUUGACACAGUCAAGAUCGCAGCUGAAGGGGUUAAGAGUCACAGCUCCAGUGUGGCGACAUGGAUGAGAAACAACGUGAGCCCUACCUUGAGCAAUAUACUGCCUGCCUUUCCCGGUCCUCCACCUGGAGAACCCGAGCCACAGCCCUCAACAUCAGCAGCAGCAGUCUGGGCUGGGAUGCCGAUUGUUGAAAGGAACUGUCUGGAUGAGACCUUCGCUGCUCCCUCGACAACUUUGGAGUGGAAAUCAUUCAAAUCGGAAUGGUUUCGCAAUGAGAAGAACAGUAUUGGAUCAAAAGUCUGUAGGCGACAAGUGUGCAUGAGUUCAACACAUCGUGAAAUGCCAAAAACAAAUGGGCAUUCAGUCAAUCUGCCGCCAUCCGUCACCCCAAAAUUGCAACCAUCUCCUCGGCUAGGCAGGCCCCUAAACCUCCGACCGUAUGGAACACCAAGUUUUAGUGGCGUGGCAAGCAGCUCCUGCACUAGCAUGUAUGAAAAGACAUUUCCCAUCAAAGUGGUGCAGAGCCCAACACACAGCUCCUCAUCCGGGCGCAUGCACAAUGCCAGGCCCCACUGCACAGCACAGCAGUCUGUUUGUGAAGAGGAGAAGGAGGUCUACAGGCAGCUUCUGACCAUGGUCUCUGGUGGUCAGUCAUCUUUCCUUCACAACGGCAGCUCACACGGCAUUGUGAGGUCACACAGAGAUUUCACCAGCUUCCUGACCACCAGCCGCAGACUGCUACAGUUCUCUUCCCCUACUAGGUCAGCAGCAGGGGGAACUUCAGAUGGACCCAGCAGCCCCCCCAGCCCCACAGGGAUAUCCAGCCAGAGCUCUAGCAACCUCCCCAGCCCAGUGCGGAAUUCCAAUAGGCCAGGGAUCCAGACAUGGUCUCUGGACACAGACCCCAGCUCCAGCAGAGCAGCUACUCUCACAGCAGCUCCCUCCCCAUCCACUCUUCAGGACAACUCUUCUCAGGACACUCAAUCAUCAGCUCAUGAUGGUGACUCUGUAAUUAUUAUAAAUGAGCAAAAGGGUAAAAAGCAAGACCGUUCAAGUGUGCCAUGUUUCCAAGCAGAGUUAUGGAUCAAAGAAUUGACUAGUAUGUAUGACUCUCGGGCGAGAGAAAGACGGAGACAGAUUGAAGAGCAGGAGGCCCUGGCUGCCCUGUUGCUGCGACAGCGCUUGUCUGACGAGUCGCAACUCAGCCCAGAUGUGGAGGUCCACGUUAGAGUUCCUUUGGAGAAGGAGGUUCCUUUGACUCUUGUGAUAGAAGAACCGAAACCUUUAGAAGAGAAACCCGAAUUCCCCGAACUCUCAGAGGAGAUGGAGGCUGAGGUGACCAGGGUGCUGAGAGGAGGUAAUCAUGAAGUUUUAAGUGAAGGUUUUGGUCUCAGCCUUACACGCAAAGACGUGCAGACCCUCAGCAACCUUAACUGGCUCAAUGAUGAGGUGAUCAACUUUUACAUGAACCUGCUGGUGGAGCGCAGCAAGGAACCCAGCCUGCCAUCAGUCAAUACGUUCAACACUUUUUUCUACCCCAAGCUGCGCAGCAAUGGCUACUCUGCUGUUCGCCGCUGGACCAAAAAGAUGGACAUCUUUUCAAAAGACAUCCUGCUGGUUCCUGUCCACUUGGGGGUGCACUGGUGCCUCUCUGUGGUGGAUUUCCGCAAAAAGGCUAUCAUGUACUUUGAUUCAAUGGGAGGAAACAAUGAUGAAGCCUGCAGAAUGUUGUUUGAAUACCUGAAACAGGAAAGUAAGGACAAGAAGGGCAAAGAACUGGAUACCUCAGGCUGGACUCUGCACAGCAAAAAGCGCAGUGAAAUCCCACAGCAGAUGAAUGGUAGCGACUGUGGAAUGUUCACAUGCAAAUAUGCAGAUUACAUUACCAAAGACAAGCCAAUCACAUUCACACAGAACCACAUGCCCUACUUCAGAAGACGGAUGGUUUGGGAGAUUCUAAACCAUAAGCUGUUGUGAAUUCGUGUAGUCGGCUCGCUAUGCUGGAAAUACAAGCCGUAACAAUGGCUGAACUACGCUCAACAGCAGGAUCUACUUACAGUAGUCUUGUUUAGGGAAAAGACUUGAACACCAGCUCUUCAGAUCAGGAACCAGCUCUGCUACUCUGCAUCCUCUGCUGCCGAUCAAGCUCUCAGCUGAUGUGAUGCUGCUGGAGCACCAAGCACUGCCUCCCAGUCCUCCUUUUUGGUGCACCCAUGGGGCAUCAGUUUAGCAGCUGACAUACUGCGUGUUUUGUAUUGCCUAGCCAGAACUGUUUUUGGAAUCACACUUGUACUGACUUACAAACCACACUCUGAGACAAUGUUCAGUUUGAUGCAGACAUACCAAGUUUACAUGUUUUUGUCUUACAGGGAGAUGAGCGCAUUAUGCUCCGUCUUUUUUAUACCGACAGUAAUACUACUUUUCAGUGUCGCUGUUGAUGUUUGAUACUCUUGGUACGUUCAAAGGAAAAUAAACUCACGACUAUGAAAACUGAAGUUUGAAAGGCUUCUAAUCUUAAAAAGUCUGUCUUAGUAUUUGGGCACAAAACUUUUGUCUUUUUUUUUUUUUACCCAUAAUACGAGCAGUUCACCUAAUGCAACUAUUUUUGUAAAUUGUUUGAUUGAAGCCCAAAGCUUCUUGAAGCAUUGCCUCGGAGUAUGGUUUAACAGAAAUAGAAAGUUUUACAUUGCCACAUACUUGCAAGUGUGAAAAACGGUCUUAGUUAUAUUCUAAAACAGCAGGGUUAAAAAAAAAUGUUAGUCUUGAUAAAAGAUUGUAAAUUAAGGUUCAAAGUCUAUUUUAUGUAUUUCAGAGUCUUUUGUUUUGCAGCAACUUUUGGGCAUAUUCAAUAUAUUUUGAACUUUGUACAUACUAAAAACAUAUACAGCCUCUUGAACAGUGUAAUAUACUUUUUUCUUAUGUUUUUUUUUUUAUCUAGAUUUAAGUCUGUUUUAGAAAUACAUUCUCAUGUUUUUUGACUGUUAUUUGUGUAUUACCUCAAAAUCAACUUGGUUUGAUAAACAUGAGAGAACCUGGAUGUGUAUUGGCUUAUUUGAAGUGCAUUAUCUGUUUUACAAGAUACAAAACCUGCAAAUGGUCCCUUGUGUAACAUAAAGCAAA